UCGAGGCGGUAAUGGAGCACCAACUUUCAGGAGCUUUACUCGACCAAAACUCAGUAGUGGAUCUCCGCCUUCUAUCCCUCACGUGCCUUUACUUCCAAGGGCAGGACGAGGUGCACAAGAUGAGUGUCCGACGCAGUAGAGAUGACUAUGAGGACUUUGAGGACAGAGGGGCGGAGGUAUCAGCGCCUCCCCAGCCUCCUCUACCUCCUGAUAGCCUUGACCCGGGGGCGCACAUUGAGAUGUCUGCUGCUGUGUCAGGGGUCGUGCCUGAUGACACCUUUACUGUGGACCAAGCUGUCAAUGCCCUGGGCUUUGGAAAAUUUCAAGUGAAGCUGUCUCUCAUCACUGGCUUGUGCUGGAUGGCAGACUCUAUGGAGAUGAUGAUCCUGGCCAUCCUUGGGCCGGCACUACACUGUGAUUGGCACCUGUCAGAGUGGCGCCAAGCCUUCCUCACCACUGCUGUCUUUAUUGGUAUGAUGCUGAGCUCUGCCUUCUGGGGCCAUCUGUCAGAUAAGUAUGGGAGGAAGCGAUCCCUGAGGCUGGCAGCAGUGAUGCUUGCCUACUGGGGUCUGCUGAGUGCCUUUGCACCAACCUAUAGCUGGAUAGUGCUCCUGCGAGGCCUCGUAGGGUUUGCAAUUGGCUGUGUCCCUCAAUCUGUGACACUAUAUGCAGAGUUUCUUCCUGCACAUCAAAGGGGAAAAUGUGUUGUUCUUCUUGAUUGUUUCUGGGCAGUAUGUGCUGAGGUGAUCCUGGCACUGUGGGUCAUGCCACAUCUCGGCUGGAAUGGACUUUUAGCUCUCUCCAUAAUUCCACUGGUGCUCUUUGUUAUUGUGUGUGAGUGGCUGCCUGAGAGUGCUCGGUUUGAUGCCACAUCAGGAGACUCAGAGAAAGCGUUAGCAACUCUGCAGAAGAUUGCUGAUGAAAAUGGCAAGCCCAUGUUGCUUGGCCGCAUUGUGGAUGACGUGGCACAGAUGAAUCGUGGCAUCAGGGAUCUGCUAGUGCAGGAUCUCAAGUGGACAAUGCUUCUCUGGUUCAUUUGGGCUUCAUGUGCUUUCUGCUACUAUGGGGUUGUUCUGAUGACUACAGAACUAUUUGAAGCACCAGAAGGCAGCCUGUGUACCUUGUCUGGUGCUGAUGAAUCCUUCACCUGCACAGCAAACUGCAGACCUCUCACCUCCCAAGACUAUCUGGACCUGCUCCUGACCACCUUAGCAGAGUUCCCAGGUAUUUUGUUUACUAUUGUGGUCAUUGAGCGUCUUGGCAGGAAGACAACCAUGGCCUUUGAAUUUGCUGUGUUUGUUGUUUCCAUAAUUUUUCUCUUCAUCUGCACUUCCAGUCGUGGAUGGUUGACUUACAUUCUUUUCGUGGCACGAGGAAUCAUCUCAGGCGUCUUCCAGGCCGCCUAUGUCUACACUCCAGAGGUGUACCCGACAUCCUUACGAGCAGUGGGCGUUGGUACGUGCUCUGGAAUGGCUCGCUUUGGUGCCAUGCUCACCCCUGUUGUGGCACAGGUCCUCACGCGUACCUCCAUACAUCUGGCUACAGCAACAUAUGGUAUUGUGGCAAUUCUGGCCAUUGCUGCAGCCCUCAUGUUGCCCAUUGAAACACGGGGCCGAGCCAUGGCCUAGUGCUGUGGCCAGUGAUGGCACAUGUUCUGUCUUGUAGAACACAUUAUGUACUGUAGACAUUUGUAUCCAUUUAAGUACCUGGAUGGCAUCCUCCAUUAUGGGGAGUGGAGAGCCAAAGCCAGAUAUCAACAUAGUGUAUUGUUUCAUCUUUGGAAUAACAACACAGGAAUGGUUCCCAAUCUUCACUGAGUCUGUUGAAGUCAUCUUUUACACAGCACCUUCAAUAUGAUCCAAAUAUUUUUCCAAUUUAUGUGAAAGAUAAGAAAUGUUGAUUUUUAUUGUAAUGUUCACAAGUGGAAGGCAGAAGAGGCAAUGGUGGUGGUAGUAGGAAGCACGAAUGGUGAUAAAGGAGGUAGACUGAUGAAGACAUUAAAAUAUCUCCAACCCUGAAUUCCUCCACUGUGUUACUCACUAUUCUGUUUUCAAUGUUUACUUGUAUGUAACAAUUACACAAAUUUAUUCAAUCCCAACUUACAGACUCAUGCAUCAUCUGAAUCUCUGAAUCUGAGUUUCAAAUGGUCUUUAGUGGAAAUUAAAGGCUACAUAUUUCAUAAAAAUGGAAUCUUGUCCAAGAAAAAAGAAUCAUUAUCCCUUUUCACAUGUAAUUAUUGUGGGUGAGUUUAGCACUAUCUAAUUAUUGCUGACUCCAAAGAAUUAAAUUAGCACUUGAACUUGAAUACUUGAUGUGUUUUCUUUUCAAUAACUACUUUUUGUCAAAGUUUUGUUUUUUGUUUUCUAUCAUAAUCACAUUCUGAUUGUAAUUCUGUGCUGGACUCACAGGGUCAUGUAGUUGGUUAAGGUGGCUCGUGUUCGGGCCUCUGGUCUAGGCGGCCCAGGUUCAAAUCUUUACCAAACCUUUUUGACUGGUGGGAGAUGUGGAAUUCUCCCGUUAGCCCUAGUGGUGCCAUAUGACCUUAGCUGUUGCGGCGCCUAUUGGAAUAAUUUCCAUUUUUUUCCUGGGCACCUCUGGGUUUGUGUCAUAAUGAGCAUUAUGCAAUUUGACUUCAAAAUUUAUACAAUUUUAUGUUUGUGCAUGUUUCAGUCAAUUAUAAAAUUUCUUUCCAUAGUUUCUUAGCUUUUAAGUUAGCUUUUAAGAAGCCUCACAGCAUCCAGCUUUAAGUGUGUUAAAGAUUAUAUUACAAGCUCACUAAAUAUUUGGAUGAAUAAUUAUAACCUCUACAGCAAGGUUUAUAAAUUAAGAAAUGUUGUAUUCUAGAUUAAUAUGUAAACUAAGAUGCUUUAUUUAAAUUUUUUAUACAUAAUAUAUUUAUUGUUGGCCAA